CUCGGAGCGGCAACACUAGGCGGAUCCUGGGGAGGUGAGCGCUGGCCUGGGAGGCACUACGCGUGCAGCAGCGAUCCAGUUUGCUGCAGUGAUCCGGCUGGGCCCUGGGAAGCAGAGUGUGCAGCAGCGAUCCGGCUUGGCCAUGGCAGCGGCGCCUCUGAAAGUGUGCAUCGUGGGCUCCGGGAACUGGGGAUCAGCUGUUGCAAAAAUCAUUGGAAAUAAUGUAAAGAACCUGCAGAAGUUCGCCUCCACAGUCAAGAUGUGGGUCUUCGAAGAGACCGUUAACGGGAGGAAGCUGACAGACAUCAUCAACAAUGACCACGAAAACGUGAAAUAUCUCCCCGGACACAAGCUGCCAGAAAAUGUGGUUGCUGUCCCGAAUCUCAGCGAGGCUGUGCAGGAUGCAGACCUGCUGGUGUUCGUCAUCCCCCACCAGUUCAUUCACAAGAUCUGCGAUGAGAUCACGGGCAGGGUGCCCAAGAAGGCCCUAGGCAUCACGCUCAUCAAGGGCAUAGACGAGGGCCCUGAAGGGCUGAAGCUCAUCUCCGACAUCAUCAGAGAGAAGAUGGGCAUUGACAUCAGUGUGCUGAUGGGGGCCAACAUCGCCAGUGAGGUGGCUGCGGAGAAGUUCUGUGAGACCACCAUUGGUAGCAAAGUGAUGCAGAACGGCCUCCUGUUCAAAGAGCUGCUGCAGACACCCAACUUCCGAAUCACUGUGGUAGAUGAUGCAGACACGGUGGAGCUUUGUGGUGCUCUAAAGAACAUUGUUGCUGUGGGAGCUGGCUUCUGCGAUGGCCUCCGCUGUGGGGACAACACCAAGGCAGCCGUCAUCCGCCUGGGACUCAUGGAAAUGAUCGCUUUCGCCAAGAUCUUUUGUAAGGGGCAGGUGUCCACAGCCACCUUCCUGGAGAGCUGCGGGGUAGCUGACCUCAUCACCACCUGCUAUGGCGGGCGGAACCGCAAGGUGGCAGAGGCCUUUGCCAGGACCGGAAAGACCAUUGAAGAACUGGAGAAGGAGAUGCUGAACGGGCAGAAGCUCCAGGGGCCUCAGACCUCUGCCGAGGUCUACCGCAUCCUCAAGCAGAAGGGGCUGCUUGACAAGUUUCCCCUCUUCACAGCCGUGUAUCAGAUCUGCUAUGAAGGCAGGCCUGUCACAGAGAUGCUUUCCUGUCUGCAGAGCCACCCAGAGCACAUCUGAAAGGAAUCGGGCAGCCAGCAGGGAACAGCCUUGCCUAUGGUGGGAUCACCCAGAAAACCAGAGCUUGGCAGUGAGAUCCCUGCUGAACUGUACUCUGACCCUGAACACAUACAGAUUGUUACAGCUUUGAUCCUCUACUGAGAAAGGCACUUCACUGGCUAAGAUGGAGUGUGUGUGUGUGUGUGUGUGUGUGUGUGUGUGUGUGUGUGUGUGUAAGUGUGCUCUUUUCUCAUUCUGUGGGUGUGUCUCUGAACCCAAAUCAGGUGUCUAUUUUAAUGAUCACAUUUGAAAUCUCCCCACCAGGGCAGCUUGUGAGGUUGGAACUAACUCAGCUGAAUUUUAUGAAUUUUGCGGCUGUGACUCAUUUAUAUGUGAGUAGAGGGAGGAAUUGGGUUUUUUUCUCUCUGAUACAGUUACCCAGCCAACUUUUGGGAUUGUGGGUUGAUCGCUUAACAAUCAGGUGUUUUAAUUAGAUAAUCCACUUACACAUUUCUUCCUGAUAAAGAUGCCACAUUUCUUGCCUUUUUCCUCUUCACUAGCUGCCAGAAUGGGCUUUUACACAGACCCAGCAGUGGCAGAGGAAGGAAGCUUCCCUGCAGUGACCGGCACAUCCUUCUGGGGACAGACACUUUAUCAUGCUCUUUGCUAGGUGGGACUUUACGGCAUCUGUGUCGCUUUGGGCUCAUGGAACCUUGAAAGGGGCCACUGUCACUCCUCACAUAAGAAGCCACAGCUGUCCCUGGUCACCUAGGGACAUGGAUAGGAGCCUAGUACACAUUCCUCCAUCCCUCCAGGAUGGGACCUGCUAGAAUGUCACUGGGCCUCUUUUGAUUUCUAGCUAACUUUGUAGGAAUGCUGCAUGCAGCCUUUCCUGAGGCCACAGGAGUGCUUCUUGCCUUUGAUUUGUAGGGCCAAGAGUCUCGAGGAAGGUCACUACUCCAAGUGAUGUCCCCAAUCCAGCAGGGUCAUUAUACUCUUAAGAAAGUGGGUUCCCAGGCCUCAAGAAUGGCCCCUGUGUUUCAACACACCUCCCAUGUGUUUCGAGCAAUUUGAAAGUCACUGCAUUAGAGAAUCUGCUUUAGCACGGCCUUCAUUGAACAAUGUUCUUUAGGAGGCACGUGUCCUGUAGUCAUCUAGCGUUCCAGGUGGCCCCGGAACGGCCAGGUGAGUUUGGGAAAAGUUGCCUCUGUACACUUUCCUAGCUCUAGCCUGGGUGCCAGGGCCUCCAUAGACCCUACUAAGCUAACAAAUCCCCAACACUUAGGCCAGAAUAUCAGCCAAAACGUCUAGAGAAGACUGCUACAGAGUGAGGAGCCCCUCACUCCCCACAGGAAAUUAGCCUGGCUAACUACCUGUGCCAGUUUGUUCUAUAUAGCCUGGGCUGGCCUCAAAUUUGUCAGCUUCUUGCCUCUGUCUCCUGAGUAGCUGGGAUUGCAGUUUCUGAACUUUCUGAAUCCUUGAGGAAGCCUGCAGGUGACAGGGUCGAGGGCAGAUAAGGUGAGGUCAACCUCCCUGACACGCACACUAUCCGGAGUAAGUGCUUUGGAUUCUAGAAUUAGAAUGUGAAUGAUGAUAUCUUUAUUUAAAAAUUAGGCAUCCCGUGAGGGUGAGCGUAUGAAUGCCAUACAGUCAUGUGCUUGUGAGAUUUUCCUCUCCCUCAUCCUGGGUUUGGUACCUCCACCCUACUCAACACCCCUUAUAUAACUGAAAUGAUUGUAAAAAUACAUUUUUAUGGGAAUUUUUAAACUAUCCAAAAGACUUUUGGAGCAUUGUAGAGUCCCAUACCUAAAGUCUAUGGAGGCACCCAGCUGAAAAUUUCAGUUUUCAUAAUGAUGUUGUCAAUCAGUUCUUUUCUUGUCUCGUGAUGGAUCUUUUUAAAAAUUUGUACAUAGGUAACGAAGAGUUACUUUUUAAGAUAUCCAAAGGGCUGUAAGCUGCUGUGGUGUCUACGAAGCAGGAUAAUGAGGAAUUGUUAACACUUGUGUUUUGCAUCCUCGUUCACAUCCUCGCUGACACCCACUUCUAGGCCUUGUACUUCCGGUCCUUCCUUCUUCCCCUCCUGAGUGCCCCUUACUGACCUGCAGUCAGCUGCUGUGCUUAUCACAGUGCACUCUUGAUGGAAACAGGGCAGUUUAGGUUUGCUCUGAUAGCCGAAGCAUCACUCUGUGAGUUCUCUGUGUUUGUAACCACCUGCUGAGUGGUGUUC